AUGACAAAGGAGACUUGGGAGAGUGGAGGGGAUGUUGAUAGCAUGCCGGACGAGACUGCUAAUUGCAUCAGGGAGACAGUUAGAGAGGUUUUGGGGGUCUCGAGAGGCCGCUCGAGAAAGCACCAAUGGGACUGGUGGUGGAAUGAGGAGGUGAAGGAAAAGGUGGAGGCAAAGAAGAGAGUGUGUGCAAAGCUGGUUGAGAGUAAGGAUGAAGAAGAUAAGCGAAAGAAUAGAGAGGAGUAUAAAAUUUCUAAGCGAGAGGCGAAUAAAAGUGGGGAUAAAAGGUUGUACAGGCUUGCCAAGGUUAGAGAGCGGAGGGAUCGGUACCUGGAUCAAGUUAAGUGUAUUAAGGAUGUGGACGACAAAGUUUUGGUAGAGGAGGGUUGUAUUAGAAAGAGAUGGCAGGCUUACUUUCAUAAGCUCCUGAGCGAAGGAAGGGAUACUAGCAUUGUGUUGGGGGAUUUGGAGUAUUCUCAGAGGUUUCGUUGUUAUGGUUACUGUAGACGCAUUAAGGUUGAGGAGGUGAAUAGGGCUAUUCGUACGAUGCAUUGA